AUGAUUGAAAAUGAGGAACCACAAAUAUAUAGACAACGUUAUAAAAUUAUGAAAAAAUUAGGAGCAGGAAAUUUUGGUACAGCUUAUCUUGUUACUGAUCUGACAAGACGAAAUGAACAAAAAGUACUUAAAGUUGUUCGAUUAGGGGAAAUGGAUGUUGAGCAAACAGUUGAUUCAGUUCGUGAAGCUGAACUAUUAUCAAGAUUAAAUAAUGAAUAUAUUGUUAAAUUCUAUGAAAGUUUUCUUGAAGGUGAUUAUUUAUGUAUUGUAACAGAAUUUUGUGAAGGUGGUGAUCUUGAUCAACGUUUUAAAGAAUUAAAAAAACAAAAUCGUACAUUAGAAGAAGAUCAAGUUGUUGAAUGGCUAAUACAAAUAUUAAUUGCUGUACAGUAUAUGCAUAAAUCAAGAAUUUUACAUCGAGAUUUAAAAGCAAGAAAUAUUUUUCUUAAAUCUAAUAAAGUUAAAAUUGGUGAUUUUGGUAUAAGUCGAAUAUUAGUUGGAACAAUGGAUAUUGCAAGUACAUUCACUGGAACACCAUAUUAUAUGUCACCAGAAGUAAUGAAACAUGAUGGUUAUGAGUCAAAAUCAGAUAUUUGGUCGGUUGGUUGUCUAUUAUAUGAAAUGUGUACUUAUCAACAUGCUUUUGAUGGAAAAGGUCUUAUGAAUGUUAUAUAUAAGGUAGUAGAAGGAACACCACCUGAAUUACCAAAAACAUAUUCAAAAGAACUUAAUGAUUUAUUGAAAAAAAUGUUUACCAAAGAUCCAAAACAACGACCUAGUGCUGCUGAAUUAUUACAAAGUCCAUUUAUUCUUGCACAUCGUCAAAGAAUUCAAAUAAAUAUUCCAUUAGAAAAUACAGUCAAUGCUAAUCGUCGUUUAAAAGAUAUUCAUGCUCGUUUACAAAAUCCAAUAAAUUAUGGUGAAAUGAAAAAACAAAAUUGGUCAUUAUCUAAUCCAGAUCAUUCUACUAUUGUCGAAGAUUAUGAUGAUGAUAAUGAUGUACAACUUGGAAAUAAUACAUUCUACAAACAUAAUGUUAAAAAUGAAGAACCACAAGAACAAGAACAAGAAACUUUAAAAGCAGAAAAUACACAAAAAACAGCUAGACAAACGAUGAUUGAACGAAAAUUACAUGAAGCCGAUGCUCGUGCUCAAACAUUUACUCAAGCAAUUCGAUCACAAACAUUAGAAGCUGCUCAAAGUCGACAAAUGAUGCGUGAAAGUACCAUAUUUGGAUCUAUGAAACAACCAUGGCCAUCUUCAACUAUUACUGAUAUUAAAGAACAAUCACGUACUAAAUUAUCACAAACAUAUAAUUGUCGUACUCAUAAUCCAAAUCAAUAUUCCAAUGAAGAAACUUGUACUGUUCGUACACAUACCGAACGUCCGAAUGAUUUUAAUAAAUCUAUUCGUAAUAAAAAUAAUGAUGAUCGACCAAUAACACCAAUGCGUGCAACUUAUAGACAAAUAGCUGACAAAUUUGGUGAUGAAGAUGGUUUACCAAUUGAUCCAACUUUAACAAAUCAAUAUUAUGAAGCUUAUGAUGAUUUUGAAAAAGAAGAUGAUUAUAGUCCAACACGUGAACAUGAUGAAAAAGAAUUUUAUGAUCAAGUAUGUCGUAGUGUUAAUGGUCAAGAAAUAAUACCAGAAAGACAACGAAUAAUGUCUGCAUCAAGAAAUUCAACAAUAAAUUCAAUGAGUCGUACAAUUGAUCCACGAAAUGUAUCUAAUCAAAAUCGACCAUCAAAAUAUAUAACAUCAUCAAGAACAAUAGCAAGUACAACAAAACAAAAACCUCUAACAAAUAGAACAAUUGAUGAAAAUAAUUUAACAUUAAAAGAUAAUCCAAUUUGUGAUGCAUAUGGACCACUUGCAAAAAAUAGAAAAAUUACAUCGUUAAGAACUAAAGCAAUUCAAACAUUAGGUGAAGAAACAUUUGACAAAGUUCAUAAUUAUUUAGUAAAACAACGAAGUGCACAACGAACAAAUCCAACAUUAGAUGAAACACAAAUUACUCAAGGUCUUACAGCAUUUGUUAAAAAAACCAGCGAUUGUUUUCUUGUUGAUCAACUUGUAUUUCUUGAAUUGGUUUAA